CAGGAUGUUAUUUUUAAGGUAAACAAAAAACCCAGUUAUGGCUCAGAUUCCAUCACAAAACUGUACGUUUUGCAGCAAACUAGCAUCUUUGUAUUGUUAUGAUUGUCAACAAUGUUUAUGUACCCAAUGUCAGAAGAAUAUGCAUGGCAUUGUGGCAGUUUGCCGAGAUCACAAAGUUGGAGAUAUCCAUAAGGCCGGAACUCGUAUUUACAAACCUGUGCCAAGUUGUGAUGCUCAUAAAAAAGAGUUUAUUUGCUAUUGUGUUAAAUGUGACUCUCUGAUUUGCAAGGAGUGCAUAACGAGUUCUCAUAAUGGACAUAUUACGAAGGAAAUAAAGAAUAUUGCUGAAAUCCGUCGUCAGGAUGUGAACCAAAUAAUAGACAAAUUGAAAACGAAAGUUGAAGAGAUCCAACAGACCUUAAAAACUAUGGAAGGAAGUCAUUCGUUACAGAUACAGUCGGGUUGUGAAUCUUUUAUUAAGGAUGUCAGGGAAACAUCUGGAGAGAUGUAUUCAAUUAUUGACAAAUAUAAACAUAUAAACAUCACUACUGCGUCAGACUUCCGAGAAAACGAAGAGCAAGAUUUAAAAAGAAAACUCGUUUUCUUUCAACGACUGCAUAACGAAUCCGCCGACAGACUACUGAAGUUUGAAAAUCUCGUACAAGAACCACAUGAUAGUACUUUUUUUAAGGAAUGGAAAAAUCUUCAAACAGAAUUUCAAAUCAUUACUGACGAAAGCGAGCAACAAUUGUCUUGCCCACAACAAAUUCAAAGUUUCCAACCAGACACGUUUAGACGAGCUGUCAUUGACAAAAUUGAUGAACAGUUUCAAAUGGGAUUUAAAGAAAAUGAAAGGAAAGUUACAGAACUACUGGGAGAGAAUUGCAAGCUAAAGGCUGAAGUGAAAAUAAAACUGGAUGAAAUAAAACAGUUGUCAAAUGACCUGGACACAAAUGCCGAUCUUACAAACAAGAUGAGAAUAUAUUUCGAGGAAAAGGUUAAAGAAUUGGAAAUCAAACUUAAACAUACCAAUGACAACAAUACAACAAUAGCACUAACAGAUGAUGCAGUUAAAGCAGUAAAAUACUUUGAUAGUACCAAUGCUAGAAAUGACAACCCAAGCGAUAGUUUCAAACCGAAGAAAUUACUAAAGCAAUACAUGACAUCUAAAAGGUUCAAAGUUCAUGUAGUCCAAGAUGAUAUCACUAAAAUGAAUGUAGAUGCUAUUAUUUGCCCACAGGAUGACUUUUGCUUGAGUAAAGGCGGAAUAGCAAAAGCAAUAGCCAAUGCUAGUAAUGAAAGAUAUAGGAAUGAUGUUCUUAGUAUGAAAACUGUUAAAAGGUGCGAGGUAAAAAAAAUUGUAGCCUCACCAUCUACACUUCCUUUUAAGUAUGUUCUCCAUACAGUUGCACCGAGAUGGGAUAAGAAUGCUGAAAAUAAUAAUGCCAAAUUUAUGAAGGAAUUGGGUCUGACCAUACGGAAUAUACUAAAGCACUGUAGUGACAGUAAAUAUAUAUCAACUGCAGCUUUACCCGUCUUAGGAAUUGGAACUGAUGGCCAUAAUGCAUCAUUUAUCACUUGUGCGUCAAUCCUUUCAAAAGAGAUCUCACAAGAAUUGCAGACUGACAAACUCAGCAUGGAAGAAUUAUAUAUUGUCACCAGUGAAUGGGGUAUGGCAUCAGCAGUCAUUGAUCAGUUUGACAAAGAAAAACUGUUCACUCCAUUUACCUCUUUUGUAAGACGAAAACGUCACAAUCAAGAUAGUACAGAUGGAACGGACGAAGAUAAAGAUGAAAAACGAAACAGAAAUAGCACAACUGGAGCCAUACCAAAGUCUGGAACUGGAAAGCUUGGCACUACAGUAAAGGGAGGAAAUUUGGAAGAUUGUGUUAUCUGUAUGGAUACACCUGAUGACCCCAGGAGACUUAACUGUGGUCACAUAUAUUGUUAUAAUUGCAUUAGCCAGCAUUUCAAAUUGAAUAAUCCUGUCUGUCCAACAUGUGGUUCUAUACAAGGUGUUGUAACUGGUAACCAACCGCCUGGUACCAUGGAAGUGUACAGAAGAGCAACCCCAUUGAUAGGUUAUCCUGGUUGUGGGAGAAUUGAAAUUGAAUAUACAAUUGAUUCGGGAAGACAAGGGCCAGAACAUUUAGACGAAGGGCAAAAAUUUGAAGGUAUAAGAAGAAUAGGAUAUCUACCAGAUACUAGGAAAGGACAGUUAGUGGCAAAGAUGUUAAGAGUAGCCUUUGACAGGAAGUUGGUAUUUACCAUUGGUGUUUCUCGUACAACUGGAAAAGAAGGAGUUGUAACAUGGAAUGAUAUCCACCAUAAAACAAACCCAAAACCAUAUGAACAAUAUGGAUACCCAGAUGAUUCUUACUUGGAUAGAGUUAUUGAGGAGCUUUCUGCUAAAGGUGUCACAGAAAGAGAUAUUGAACCAAACACGCUCAUUUUCUAG